CGGAGCUUUACGCUUAGUCAGUUGAAAAUAUUCGUUUGUGUUGCUUGUUAUUUUAUAAAAAAACCUCAAAUAAUUUAAAUAAUCCAAAUUCACAAAUAUAUCGAAUUACACUAUAUUUUGUAUAUAUCCCGAAUACCGAUAAAACUCUGCAAUGGUUAAAGAGAUGCAGCGAGAGGACCUAUUCUCCAAGGAGGCGGCGCUGAAGAACCAGGCAAAGCGGGAGCUGGCCAAUGGGCUCGAGAAGCCGUCGUUAGACAAAUUGCGACUGCAGUGCUUCAGCCGCGGCGCCACGGGCAUCUUGGGACUUGCCAGAGCUUUUCGUGUUAUGGAUGACGACGGCAGCAAGACCCUCAAUCUGGAGGAAUUCAAGAAGGGCAUCAACGGUUUGGGGCUCGAUUUCAAUGAAUCCGACACUGAGGAUUUGUUCAAAAGUUUUGACACCGAUGAAAGUGGCACCAUUAACAUGACCGAAUUUCUCAUGAAAUUGCGCCCUCCAAUGGGCACAUGCCGCCUGAAUAUCAUCGAAAAGGCCUUCAAUAAGCUGGACACCAAUGCCGAUGGCCAAGUCACCAUUGACGAUCUGAAGCACAUUUAUUCGGUGCAAGACCAUCCCAAGUAUUUGAGCGGCGAACUGACCGAAGCUGACAUCUUGACUGGUUUCCUGAAAAACUUCGAAGCUGGUGCACCCAACCCAGACGGCAUCAUAACCAAGGAGGAGUUCAUCAACUACUACGCCACCAUCAGCGCCUCGAUCGACAAUGAUGCCUACUUCGAUUUGGUAGUGCGACGCGCCUACAAACUCUAAUCUUCUUUCAUUGAUCGUAGCACUCGUACGUAUGGACACGCAGUCAGAGUCCAUAUGAUUCCGACCGUAAGCUAGUUAGCACUUACUAUAUUCCAUAUAUAAGCUCUAGUUAUGCACGCUAAAAGUAAAUGCAAAAAAAUUUCAGUUGACUAGUUAUCGGCUCUGCGCACGUCUCGUAAAUCCUCUUAUUCGUACCUAACGUUUUCUUUUAAUUAACUGGCAAAAUUAUAAAAAUCAAAUAAAACAAA